CUCGCCAUUGCCGCGCCAUUCAGUGUCUCGAUCGCAAAUGGCAAUGGAGAGGAGCACGGCGGAAACGCUGCCGCUGCCCCCGCGCCUCUCGGCCUCGCCAACUUCCUCGCCGGCCACCGUCGGCGCCCACCUCACCAAUGCUGCCUGCGCCAGCAGGAUCCGGCGCGAGUACCGCUCACCACGGUCCUUGCUGUCGCGCAUUCUCGGCAGGGGCAGCAGCAGGUUCGGCUGCCGCCUGCGCAUUCCCCGCUACUGCUCCAGCGGCGCCGGAGCGGCCGCCAAGGAGGACGCCGUAGAGGAGGUGGUGGCCGCGCCGAAGGUCGUGGCGAGCAAGCAAGAAACAGAGGUUCGCGAGUCGCCUCGGAGUUCCCUGCAGGGGAUGAAGGCGGCGCCGGAGGUGUCGGCGGCGAGCCUCGGGCUGGGCGCGGGCCUGGUGCUGCUGCUGUCCAGGGGCGCGGCGGAGCUGAGCAGGAUGGCGGAGCUGCGCGCCCAGAUGGAGCGGCUGGUGAUGGACGUCAAGGCGGAGGCGCGUGGUAGCACCCGCUCCGACUUGUCUGACGGCGGUCAUGUCGACGACGGGGCCAGCGUCGUCAAGGAGCGCAUCGUCUUUAAGGACGCCGGCGGCGAGGACGCCCCGUUGUCCCGUGGUUCGCGCGAUGCCGCCUCGGCGUGCGGCGAUGCCGGCGUUGGAGAUGCCGCCGCGGCCUUGGAUCAAAUGGAAGCAGAGCUCGAGGCUGAACUGAAGCGCCUGCAGGUCGACUCCGACCACGACGAUGAGGAGGAAUGUGUUAGACCGCGGCGAGAUCACCAGCUCGAGUCGGAGGCCAAGAGCGACAUCUCCUCGGAGAGCGGCUCCCUUGCUUGCGUCGACAUAGACGGUGACCAAGACAUAGACGCGGCAACAGAAUGCAAGGAACACGAAGACAACGAGGAGGACGAUGAGGAGGAAUGCGUGAGACCGCGGCGAGAUCACAAGCUCGAGUCCGAGGCGAAGAGCGACAUCUCCUCGGAGAGCCGCUCCCCUGCUUGCGUCGACAUCGACGGUGUCCUCGGCGACGCGGCAAGAGAUUGCAAGGAACACGAAGACAACGAGGAGGAGGAGGAGGGAGACACUGACGAGGAGGAUGAAGAGAGCAAGGCGUGCCACGGCGGUGUGCCGGCCCGGGUGCUGGAGCGGAGGCUGCACGAGCUCCUGCAGUCGCGGCACGAGCAGCGGAUCGCGGAGCUGCAGACGGAGCUGCAGCGCGCGCAGAGGAAGCUGCGGGACAAGGAGCGCGAGGUGUCUCGGUGGCGCGACACAGCCAAUCUCGUCUCCAACCACAAGGAUGAGUCGUUGCUCAGGUAGAACCAACGGACCGCGAAGAUGAGAUAUAAUUAACACUACUAGCAACCCACAUGUACCAAUCUAAACCUGUCGAUAAAAGUAGAACCAACGGGUCACCAUGCUCAGAUAAAAGUAGAACCAACGGACCGCGGAGGUGCGCGUGCUCCGUCGCAACCAUUAUCCCCAUGGCUGGCUUUUCUACUCCCUCCCGGCAUACUUUGCAAGAAACAAGAAAAUCCCAUCCGAACCUCAGUGUGAUUUCAUUACAUAUUCUCGCUAUCAUC